CAACUCUCGACGUUAGUGUCAAAAUACACUAAUCAGACGUAGUGCUCUCUAAUUGGUGUAAACAGUCCAUGUGGCGUGAAAAUAUCUACCAGAUAUGGCGAGAAGGCUAUCAAAUCUGACGAAAACAUGGCGGAGCCGUGCCAAGCUGUCUUCCAUGCGCCGAGACCGUCGACACAUGUACUCGUACACGCUAACAAAUUAUAACAAUUUCAUUACAUUCCACUCUUACAAACGGUGAAUUGUAAAUAUCAACGACGCGGUAAGGUCUUUGGAAAGAAUUUGACCGGAGCUUAAGUGAUUUUACAGACAUAAUUAAUUAAUCUACGAGUAUGCUUUUUUGGAAAAUAGAUGUAACUAGUCUCGCAUGCCUUACGCUUAUUGCCUUUAUGUUGAAUUACGUCGACGGAACCGCGUCGCAAAAUGAAGAGAGAGCAAAAACAAGCCAAGGUCGGGUCCGUCAAACCAAAGAACAAUUGAAACAAACUAAGGAACAAUUGAGAGCUGUCAAACUGCCACCAUGUGCAGCAUGCAGGGCUCUCGUCGAGUCUUUCACACAUGGCAUGCAAAAGACUGCUCGCGGAAAGUUUGAAGGUGGGGAUACGGCCUGGGAAGAAGAGAAGCUGCGAUCGUAUGCCAAAAGCGAAGUGCGGCUUGUAGAGAUACAGGAAAAUCUCUGUAAGGCAAACGACAGAGGGGCGGAUCAGUGUCAUUUGCUAGCAGAAGAAACAGAGUCAGACGUUGAGGAUUGGUGGUUCAACCACCAGGACUCGAAGGAUCUGCAUACCUACCUGUGCAUUGAUUUGCUUCAGCACUGCUGUCCGGACAAGCAUUUUGGCCCGGAAUGCCUGCCAUGCGAAGGGUAUCCCGAUAACAUAUGCAACAACAAUGGAAAAUGCAAGGGAGCUGGUACCAGAAAGGGAAACGGCCAGUGUACUUGCGACGAAGGCUACUUUGGGAUCACGUGUGAACAAUGCUUGCCUGGUUACUUUGAAUCUUACAGAGACGAAGUCAAGUUCUUAUGCACCAAAUGCCAUCCGGCAUGCGAUGGAAAUUGCACCGAAGGAGGGCCCAAGGCUUGCCAGAAAUGCAAUCAAGGCUGGGAAAUGAUAGAGGGAAAGGGAUGCAUUGACGUCAACGAAUGUCUUGUCAGUGGCAAAAAAGCUUGUGUUGGAAAUAAAUUCUGCGUGAACAAGGAGGGAUCAUUUGAUUGUUUAGAUUGUGAUAAAGCCUGCGACGGUUGUACCGGCGACGGUCCUGAUAUGUGCAUAAAGUGCAUUGAGGGACACCGCAAAAAAGACAACAUUUGCGUCGAUUCUGAUCUUUUAGGGCGAAAGAAGACAGAAAAUAUUGCUCGAUACUCGACGUACUUUGGUCUCUGCCUAGCAACGUGCAUAAUACUACAACGUAACGUUUAUGCAGCCAGCUUGAUUGGCUUACUAGUGGGGAUUUAUAUAUCUGUGUCCGAAUACAUGAUCGCAUUCAGUACAGUCCAAGACACAUCUGCGAAUAUGGAUAUUCUUGGUCCUGCAGUUUAGAAAUUAUUAGAAAAAGGUUUAUUAUUUUAAAAUUGAGUUUCAACGUCUUGAACAUUGAUGAAAACCUUCACUUAUCCAGAAUACCAUAACUGUGGUAAUUAUUAUUAUUAAUUAUUCUCAAAUGAUAAACCUGGAGUUGUAACUUACAUCUUGAAUUUGCGAAUUUCAAAUAAUAUGCAACCAACGAGGUCAUUAAUGUCAGUGUUUUAAGUGAACUAUGCUCAAGUUUUAUUGUAAUUUAUGCCACGUGAUCUGUCACGAACAUUCCUUGUGUAAGAAACGCGUGCACCGUAUGUACGGGUAUAAUAAGUAGGAUAAUUUUAAAAAUGAGACCACAGCAGUUAGCUACUUUGCGUGACUUUGACUCCGCAAAAUUUAACCGAGUAAGAAAUAAUAUUUGAAUAUAAACAUAAACGUGGAUUGUCUAGUCUCUCGGUGUAUAAAUUAUAACGAAUGAUUGAGAACUUUCAAGAAUCAAUGGGCUGUAUUAAUUUGCUGAAGCAAAUAUAGUGCAAAUUUAUGUAAUAUAUACAAAAUACAGAAAUGUGUUUGAUAGCAAACCCGAAACACUAAUUUCCGUAAUGAACUUCAGCCCUAUCUGCACGGUGUAAUGAGACAAGAAAAGGCUAUCGGAUUAUCGUAAAUAUGGUCAGAGUGUUAUAAGCAUCUGAUUUUUCUAUUUCUUAUUUGCUCGCAUUUUGUCAGGCCCAUAGCGGUGUUUAUAGAGAUAGACUGCGCGCUCUGUGUACCGAGCUGAAGCCGUGAUAAAACAGAGAGAAC